AUGGCAUCGCGAUCAAUCGAAAUUUACGAGGCGCCUUCUGGUCUCCCCUUAAACAGAGACUUCAUCGUUGAAGCUCGCCCGUCAGUAGAAUCGACAGAUGAUCCUCAACAAUGGCGCUCGGUCCCGGCGUAUGCAGUCGAUGUUGCAAACGCCAACACCAUGAGAAAUGCAUUCGACAGACACACGGUGGCUCUGGCAUCCUUCGACUCAAGCGCACCGACAACAGUCAGGGUGAAGUAUAAGGCGGGUGCCAUUGAGACGGUUGCCAUACGGCCUCUUUCUCUGGGCAUUACAGCGCAAGUCGAAAACGACACGAUUGUCUUCAAUCUUGAUCAGCCACGGGAUGUAAUGAUAGAGCUCAACGGAAACAAGUGGAAAGCACUCCAUCUCCUGACCAAUCAGAUCGACAAAGAUGCACCAACGGCUGAUUCUGAGGACAUCUGGUACUUUGGACCGGGCAUCAAUCAGGGUUCGGCAUAUUCCAAAGUCACCGACGGAGUCAACUUGAUGGUGCCUUCAGGCAAGACAGUGUAUCUGGCCGGCGGCGCUUUCAUCACUUGUCGACUGAACUUCAUUGACGUAUCCAACUCUUCCGUAAAAGGCCACGGCUUUAUCCUCGGGCCAGAGGGUGGAUACGUUUACCGAGAGCAUGGCGGCGCCAUCCACAUGAGCCGGGCAAGACACAUUAAGGUUGAAGGCGUCACUUCUCUUGGGGCCAAUGGCUUCAGUCUUUCUGCUGGAGAGUGCAAGAAUAUCCUUGUCAACAGGUAUCGAUCCUUUUCGUUUGCGGGCAAUGGCGAUGGGGUUGACUUCUUCUGCUCUUCGGACAUCACCAUCGAGAACUGUUUCUUACGAAACUCGGAUGAUACUAUCGCACUGUACUCCCACCGCUGGGACUGGUAUGGCGACUCAAAGAACGUCACGAUCCGCAAUUGUGUGUUGUUACCGGACAUUGCCCAUGCCAUCAACAUGGGUACACACGGCAAUCCAGCGAAGCCGGAAACCACCAGCAAUGUUCACAUAAGCAACAUCGAUAUCUUGGACCACGAAGAGAACCAGUUAUGGUACCAAGGGUGUAUCGCCAUCAACGCUGCUGACGAGAAUCUUCUCCAUGAUAUCCACAUCCAGGAUGUCAGAGUUGAGAAAAUCACAAAAGGACAGCUCAUCAAUAUUCGCGUUAUGAAAAACGCGAUGUGGACCACUGCUCCGGGCCGCGGCGUUCAUGACGUUCACGUCAAGAACAUGUCGGUCAAGCUACAAGCCUCGGAGGUCGUCAAUCCAUCGAUGAUCAUGGGGUAUGACCAAGAUCGGAUGGUGAAGAACGUCACGUUCGAGAACUUGAAGGUCGGAGAUGGGAUCAUACAUGAAGAAAUACCGAAGCCUAAGUGGUACAUGGUGGAAGAUUUCGUACCCCUUUUCGUCAAUGAACACGUUGAAGGGGUGAAAUUCAGUAAAUCAGCAGAGUAG